CGAUACCCCGCGUCAUCGCUCCAUAUAACUGCUGGAGCGAGACCCAGUGUUAGUAGCCUUUUUCUUCAAAACUCAAUUCUUUUUCCAAUUUCUCCCAAAGAAGCUCUCCCAACUUGUAACGAAGCUCUCCAACCCAAUUACAUCAUAACCGCCACCAUGACCGACACGGGCGAAAAAGUCAACACUCACAUCAUCACCCUCACUCGGUUCCUCACCGAGGAGCAGAUUAAGCAUAAAGAAGCCACCGGAGACUUUACACUCCUCUGCCAUGCCCUCCAAUACUCCUUCAAGUCCAUCGCCUACUACAUCCGCCGCGCCACCCUUGUCAACCUGACCGGCCUCGCCGGCUCCUCCAACGUCACCGGCGACGACCAGAAGAAGCUCGACGUCAUCUCCAACGACCUCUUCAUCGAGGCCAUGCGCUCCUGCGGCAAGGUCGCCAUGCUCGUCUCCGAGGAGGAGGAGCACGAGAUCCACUUCCCCCAUGCCCACGGCGCCCGCUACAUCGUCUCCUGCGACCCCAUCGACGGCUCCUCCAACCUGGACGCGGGUGUCUCCGUCGGCACCAUCUUUGCCAUUCACAAGAUCCCCGACGGCGUCGACGUCGCCCAGAAGGAGCACAUCCUCAAGGCCGGCACCGAGCUCGUCGCCGCCGGCUUUACAAUGUACGGCGCCUCCGCCCAGCUCGUCAUGACCAUCAAGGGCAGCAACGUCAAUGGCUUCACGCUCGACAACGGCAUCGGCGAGUUCAUCCUCACUCACCCCGACAUGCGCAUUCCCAGGUCGCGCCACAUCUACUCCGUCAACGAGGGCAACUCCCUGUAUUGGGAGGACCACACCAUCAACUACUUCAACUCUCUCAAGCAGGCCCAAGAAGACGGCAAGCCCUACAGUGCCCGUUACAUCGGCAGCAUGGUGGCCGAUGCUUACCGAACGCUUCUGUACGGAGGCAUCUUCGCCUAUCCGGCGGACAAGAAGAGCCCAAAGGGCAAGCUGCGUAUCCUCUAUGAGUGUGCGCCCAUGGCCAUGGUGUUUGAGAAUGCUGGUGGCCAAGCCGUCGAUAGCACAAUGAACAGAAUGCUCGAGGUUGUACCAGAGCACAUCCACGACCGGUCAGGCAUCUUCUUGGGUAGCUACGACGAGAUUGAAAAGGUCAAAUCCUUUUACAAAUGAGUCGCGCAAAAGUAGGGAAGGUGGUGUGAAAGCAAAACGAGAGGGAAUUGCAUCAUGGCCUGUUGAUAUGUACCAAGCAUGACCUAUAUCAGUCUUCAUCCUUAUGGGCUGAAGGCAAAGCACAUAUUCUUCCAAAUAUAUAAACAUCAUA